AACAACGGCCUUCGCAGCCAUCUCGGGAGCUUUGCUCGUCAACAUAGCGGAAACAUUCAAGCUCUUAAAGACUCUUUCUGGUAUUUUAGGCACUGUGUUUUGAUCACAUUUCUGUCGUUUAGCUCAUUAUCUCAUUUAAUUUCCUAUUUACGUUUUUGCUGUUAUUUAUUUAGCUGACGUGGCUGGUUAAGUUAGCAUUAGCCUUGUUAGCUAACUGUUAGCCCUCAUCCCCCGACCAUGAGUUCACCAAGCUGCUCUCCUCCUGAUGAAGAGGAGGAGGAGGAGGUCUGCUGGACGGAGAAAGAGGGUCUGUGGCUGAAUGUUGUCGUGAAAGAGGAAGAGGAAGAAGAGGAUGUCACAGUAACAAAAGUAGAGGAAGAGGAGGUUGUCACAGUAAAACAAGAAGUAGAGGGUGAGGCUGUUACAGUGAAAGAAGAGAAAGAUGUUUUCAGAGUGAAAGAGGAGGAGGAAGAGGGAAAGGAGGAUGUGACUGUGAAAGAAGAAGAGGAGGAAGAGGAUGAUGCAGUUUUUGGAGUGAAGGAGGAGCAAGAGGAGGAGGGGGAGAUGACUGUCACAUUGAAAGACGAGGAAACAGGAGAUCUGAUUAACACCAGAGAGAGACGGGACUAUCGUGGAUCCUCUGGGGAGCCUCAACAACGUCAUGACGCUGACGAGGCAGAGACGAGUCUCUCCGCAUCAGAACAACCCAAGAAACACCAGCAGAGAAUUACAGGAAAGACACCUCACUGCUGCGCUGACUGUGGGAAGAGUUACUCAAGAUCAGAUUCACUAAAACUUCACCAGAGAAUUCACACAGAUGAUAAAUCUCACUGCUGCUCUGACUGUGGGAAGAGACUUACCUCUUCGGCAGACCUUAUCAGACACCAGAGAAUCCAUACAGGAGAGAAACCGUAUAGCUGUGAUCAGUGUGGGAAGAGUUUUAAUGUUCCAAGCAGCCUGAAAACACACCAGAGAAUUCACACAGGAGAGAAGCCUUAUAACUGUUGUCAAUGUGGGAAGAGUUUUUCUUCAUCUAGCCGUCUGACUAUACACCAGAGAAUACACACAGGAGAGAAUCCUUAUAUCUGUGAUCAAUGUGGGAUGAAUUUUACUACGUCUAGCCAGCUGUCUUUGCACCAGAGAAUACACACAGGAGAUAAGCCUUAUAGCUGUAAUCAAUGUGGGAAGAGUUUUGCUCACUCACGCAGCCUGACAGCACACCUGAGAAUACACACUGGAGAGAAACCUCACUGUUGCUCUGACUGUGGGAAGGGAUUCCACUCUUCAGCAGACCUUAAAAUACAUCAGAGAAUCCAUACAGGAGAGAAACCUUAUAGCUGCUCUGAUUGUGGGAAGAGCUUUUCAAAAUCAUCUACAUUACAAUCACACCAGAGAAUUCACACCGGAGAGAAACCUUAUAGCUGCUCAGACUGUGGGAAGACCUUUUCAAAAUCAUCUACAUUACAAUCACACCAGAGAAUUCACACUGGAGAGAAACCUUAUAGCUGUUUUCAAUGUGGGAAGAGUUUUACUGAAUCUAGACGGCUAACUACACACCAGAGAACACACACCGGAGUGAAACCUUACCACUGCUCUGACUGUGGAAAGAGAUUUGUUUCGUCAGGACAUUUAAAAUCACACCAGAGAACACACACAGGAGAGAAGCCUUAUAGCUGUGAUCAAUGUGGGAAGAGCUUUACUCACUCAAGCAGCCUGACUAUACACCAGAGAAAACACACAGGAGAGAAACCUUAUAGCUGUGAUCAAUGUGGGAAGAGUUUUGUUACAUCAAGCCAGCUGACCAUACAUCAGAGAACACACACAGGAGAGAAAUCUCAUAGCUGUGAUCAAUGUGGGAAGAGUUUUGUUACAUCUAGCCGUUUGACAAUACACCAGAGAACACACACAGGAGAGAAACCUUACAGCUGUGAUCAAUGUGGGAAGAGUUUUGUUACAUCUAGCAGUCUGACUAUACACCAGAGAACACACACAGGAGAGAAACCUUAUAGAUGUGCUCAAUGUGGGAAGUGUUUUACUACAUCGAGCCAUCUGACUAUACACCAGAGAACACACACAGGACAGAAUCCUUAUAGUUUAAAUCAAUCUGGGAAGAAUUUUACUCAGCCAAACUAGCUGAUAUCACACCAGAGAACACACACAGGAAAUAAAUAUUGUAGCUGUGAUCAAUGUGACAAGAGAUACUCUGGUAAAAAAAAAUAUCUGAUUAAACAUCAGAAAAUACAUGAAGGAGUUGUUUCAUGAUAUCAAUAUCAAUUUGUAAGUUGCUCUGGAUAAGAGCGUCUGCUAAAUGACUUAAAUGUAAAUGUAAAUCAAUGAAUUAAUGUCACAAUGUAGAAUGUUGUAGAAGGGGUAUUUUAACGAUGUCAUAAUGUAGAAUGUUGUAGAAGGGGUAUUUUAACGAUGUCAUAAUGUAGAAUGUUGUAGUAGGAGUAUUUUAAUGAUGUCAUAAUGUAGAAUGUUGUAGUAGGAGUAUUUUAGUUCAUCAUGUCACAAUGUAAAAUAUAUAUUGAGUGAGAGAUCCUUCCUUCCCUUGUGCGCCUUCACUCCGGGUCUUUGUCCACUACUUAGUACACAAAACCUACAGACAAGAACAGUAUCCCACCCGCUUCAAGUGCGCAUCCCACAUUUCUGAGGGAUUUCCAUUCACACUACUCUUACCAUCCUGUUUUAUUUGUUCUGAGGAAACGUUCCCAUGUAUAAGCAAUACAUGUUUCUCUGUCCGCUUUUCUUUAUUUGGUAGAUAAUGUAGAGCAUGCAUUCUGUUGUACUCGGUACUGAUUUAUAGAUGUUCUGAUGCGUUUUCUUGGCACCAUCAUGUGACAUGUAAUUAUCACAGAAAUAGAAGCCUGGGUUCUAUUCACACUGACGAUGGCCUGAGAUCAUGUGACAUGUAAGUAUCACAGAAAUAGAAGCCUGGGUUCUAUUCACACUGACGAUGGCCUGAGAUCAUGUAAUUAUCACAGAAAUAGAAGCCUGGGUUCUAUUCACACUGACGAUGGCUUGAGAUCAUGUGACAUGUAAUUAUCACUGAAAUAGAAGCCUGGGGCCUAUUCACAGUGAUGAUGGCCUGAGAUCAUGUGACAUGUAAUUAUCACUGAAAUAGAAGCCUGGGGCCUAUUCACAGUGAUGAUGGCCUGAGAUCAUGUGACAUGUAAUUAUCACAGAAAUAGAAGCCUGGGUUCUAUUCACACUGAUGAUGGCCUGAGAUCAUGUGACAUGUAAUUAUCACUGAAAUAGAAGCCUGGGGCCUAUUGACACUGAUGAUGGCCUGAGAUCAUGUGACAUGUAAUUAUCACUGAAAUAGAAGCCUGGGUUCUAUUGACACUGACGAUGGCCUGAGGACCAAACUGUUCUUUUGUUUUCACCUUUUAUUUAGGCACUUUCUUGUGUCAUUAUAUAUUCUUUGGGCAGUUUCAAUAAACCUCUCUGGUGCAAAGUCAGAUGGCUAGAUCUUUAUUUGACUGUUUAGGAUCUUUGUUGUGACAGGGUCUCUUAUCUCUUCCAACAAUGUCAAAUUAAAAAGUUACUAUUGAUGUGA